AUGUUAAAUAAAGCUUCAGUAAAUGAUGAUGGCGAUAGUCCUCGUCAACUACAACCACAGCAACCAUUUAUUAUCGUAGGUGAUAUAGUUCUUCACAAUGAGUUGAAAGUAACAAUUGUACAAGUCGUGACUCAAAUUUUGCCGUCGACGUCAGCAUCGCCGUAUGAAAAGCCAAUGAUUCACCGAUUAUCUGCCAAUCCUACCAGAACGAAUAACUCACAAGCGGCAGUGCCUUGUGAUUUGAAAAAUACGACACCGGUUACAACAACGUCUGAACGACCCCGAUCAUCGACCAAGCUCAUACGUAUGCAAAAAGCUGGAGUAGCAUUGGUGAAAGAAUUGAAAUCGAAAGUUGUUAAUGGCAAUCAUCCUGAAUCGAAAACGAUCAAUGAAAAUCCAGAUACUGAUCCUAAACAAGCUCAUUUUUAG